AUGUUCCUCCAUGUUGUUGGCCAUAAUCAGAGGUUCAGGGUCAUUCACAACAUGUUCAGGAGGUCAAUGGAGACCAUCUCUAGGUACUUCAAGCAGGUGCUUUUUGCUGUUGGGGAGCUUAGAGGAGAGAUGAUCAGGAGACCAUCUGGCCAGACUCCACCAAAGAUUCGCGGAAGCCUAAGAUGGUAUCCAUACUUCAAGGACUGCAUUGGGGCAAUAGAUGGUACUCAUGUCACUGCCAGAGUUCCUAGGUCACAGUCUGCAGCAUACAAGGGGAGGAAGCACUACACAAGCCAGAAUGUGCUUGCUGCUGUUGACUUUGAUCUGAGGUUCACAUAUGUGCUGGCUGGCUGGGAGGGGUCAGCGCCUGAUGCAAACAUUCUCACUGACAGCAUGAGUCGACCUGAUGGGAUCAACAUCCCCGACGGCAAGUUCUACCUUAGAGAUGCUGGCUAUGCAUGUCGGCCGGGUAUUCUUCCACCCUUCAGGAAAACAAGGUACCAUCUCAACGAGUUCUCUGGUAGGAACUUUCCUAGGACUGCACAGGAGUUGUUUAAUCUCAGACACUCCAGCCUUAGAGUAACUGUUGAGAGGGCAUCUGGAGCUCUGAAGAAUAGUGGGGCUUUGAUGAACACGUGCCUGAGGAGAAAGAGGUCGAGCCUGACGAUGUUGUUAGCUCUAGCCAUGGUGUGGAGGCAUUUGACAGUGACGCUUGGAAGAACAAAAGGUUGGAGUGGGCAGAGGCAAUGUGGCUUAACAGAGGUCAGUGCAGGAUUUGAAGAAGGGGAAGAAGAAACAGCAGCAACAGAAGCACAGAAGAAGAGGAAGAAGAAGAAGCAGCAGCAGUAG